CAGCAGCACCAGAAGACCGAAACGAAAGAUUUGGAAAAUGUUUAACCGACAGGGCAGUGGAACGGGCAGUGCCGGACAGUCACUGGGCAUAGGCACAGGCUUAGGCCUAGGCACGGGCACGGGCUCGGGCUCAGGCCCGGGAACAUCCCAGGCCCACGGUUCAGGUUCUGGUGCUGGUUCGGGCUCUGGUACCACCACCACCACCACCACCAGCAGCACCGCCAACGCCCCCACACCCUCACCCGAUCUCUAUCUUCGUCCAUUACCCUAUCUGGACGGCAAAUGGCUGCGCGCCGAUCUCAUUUCGUCCCUGCGCAACGCCUCCGAGGGCGCAGUGCUGUGGAAUCACUUGAUCCAGGACUGCGAACUGGUCUCCUCGCCCUCGGCCGCCCUUGUGAAUGCACGCGGCCAGCUCUCCUACCUGGGGGACGAUGGCAAGCACUACUGCGGUGCCCAGCAGCUCAAGUGCUCCUGCUGCCAGCCAGAGUACUGCGGCCCCCUGUCCGCCUGCAACUGCGACAGCUGCCGGCCCCUGGACUCGGACACAGCCAUCAAGAAGCUGACCUCGGCCGCCGCCCAGCAGGCAGCCGCCCACGGCAGCCAGGCCACCGAUCUGAUCCUCAGCAGCUGGCUCUGGAGCCAGCCGCCCUCCCUGACCGCCAAACAGGACUGCCAGCGCACACUGAUCGCCGAGCUGCAGGAACUGGCACUGCGGGCAGCCGGCAACUGCCUCUCCGCCCAGCAUCUGCGGCAGCAGCUCUUCAUCUACGAACGCUACUAUGUGGCCCUGAAGCGCCAUCGCCAGCAGUCGAGCAGCAGCAGCAGCGCCGCCAGCGGCACAGCCAACGCCAACGCCAUCGCCACAACAACGACCAUAAGCAACGCCGUGGCAGGUGCUGCAGCUGCUCCUGCCGCCGCUGCUGCUGCGGCUGGCAGCCUGGAGAUGCCAAUGGUGGAUCCAACCAGCCAGGAGGCGGAUCAGCCGGAUCAUGCCGCCCUGGGACUGGCACGCGUGGCCACGCGAGCGGCGCUCAACUUUAGUUUUGCCUUCCUGCGUCGCGCCUGGCGCUCGGGCGAGGACACGGAGAUGUGCAGCGAAUUGCUGAGCGAGGCGCUGGAGUCGCUGCAGGAGCUGCCGGAGGCGACGCUCUUCGAGGCGGCCGAAGUGUCGCCGCUCUGGAUGGAGGUGAUGGAGCGCUCCAUUAAGUUCCUGCGCCUGGUGGCCCUCGGGGAUCCGAUGGGGGGCCGUUGCACGGCGCCGCUGAACGAUCGCCACACGGCCCUCUGUCUGCUGCUGGAGCUGGGCGUGCAGAAGGGCACACUGGCCGCCACCCUCGAGUGUGUGGUGCUGCUGCUGGUGCUCUGGGAGAAGGAUAAGGCGGGCAACGACAACCGGGACAUGCACAGGAAGACGGGCGCCCCGUUGCUGCGCAUUCUGCAGCGCUACCAGCGGAUCGGGCACACAGCCAAGGCUGGGGGUCUGCCCAAUGGCGGCGAGUCCUUGUCGCUGCCGGUGGCGAGCGCCACCGAGACCUUUCUGCGGUUCCUCAUGCUGCCCAAGAGCAGUGCGGCGAUUGUGGAUCUGCGUCGUGCCGCUGUCGUCAUAAUUUCCCACUUGGAUCGCCUUGUCCAGCCGCUAAUGCCGCGAUGUCUCAUCCGCGGACACUAUCUCAUCCACUCUAGUGCCAGCGCCAGCGCCAACAGCAGCAGCAGCUGCAACUCAUCCUCGCCCCAACAGCGAGUCUAUGCUCUGGGCUGGCCCAGCCUGUCCAAGGAGCAGCACGGCUUCAAUGCCGAGCCAGCCCUGAGCUGGAGCAGCGAUCCCUCCACGCUGCCGCUGCUCAACUGCAAGUUCCAGGUGCAGCAGAUCGUCUGCAGCGAGAGCACAGUGCUCAUCCUCAGCGAGGAGGGGAAGCUCUACCACUGGCGGAUAUUCAAGCCGGAGACGGAGCCGCAGCUGCUGGAGGAGAUCGCCCACGAGACGAUUGUCAGCAUUGCCGCGCACUGCGAGGGCCGCCACUUUAUGGCCAUCGAUAUUAAUCGCAACGCAUAUUCGUGGGGCAAUGGCGAGGAUCAUCGCCUGGGGCAUGGCGACACCCAUGCCCGGUCCGCGCCCACCAAGAUCACCACACUGGAUCGAUGCGUGAAGGCUGUGUUCUGCGGCUGCUCCUACAGCGCGGCCAUCACCUGCAGCGGCAACCUGUACACCUGGGGCCGGGGCACCUACGCCCGGCUGGGGCAUGGCAACUCGGACGACCAGCCGCUGCCCACCGUUGUGCUGGCCCUCACCGAGCACGAAAUCAUCGAUGUGGCUUUGGGCAGUGGCGACGCCCAUUCCCUGUGCCUCACCUCCGAGGGUCAUGUGUAUGCCUGGGGCGAUGCCGACUACGGCAAGCUGGGCAAUGGCAAUUUGAACGGCUCCAUGUCGCCCGUGCUGGUGGAAUCGCUGCCCAAAGUGCAGCGCGUCUUUGCUGGCGCUCAGUUCUCGCUGGCCCUCACCACCGAUGGGCAGCUCUACAGCUGGGGCAAGGCCAGCUGUCUGGGCCAUCAGCUGGUGGAGCGGAGUGCGCAAUGGUGCAGCGUACCCAGACUGAUCAGCGGUUUGCAGCAUAAAAGAAUUGUCGAUGUAGCUGUCGGCGUCGCCCAUUGCUUGGCCCUCUCCAGCUGCGGGGAAGUAUUCGGCUGGGGACGCAACGACAGCCAACAGAUCUGUCCCUCCUCCGUUUCCAGUGAGCCGCUGCUGCGCGUGCCCAUACUGGUGGCUCUGCCCACGCUGCCGGCGAGCGGUGUGGCCUGCACCGCCGCCCAGAGCUUGAUCUGGACCCAAAGCAGCCGCCAGGGUGUGCCGCUGCGCUCCCCCUUUGUGAUUGAUCCCGGAGAGCCGACAUUCCGGCUGCUCGACCAGCUCUUGAGCAUGUGCAGCAGCCAGGACAACCGGCAGACGCCCAACCAAGAGUCCGAGUGCAUAGCCGUCGCCUGUCUCAAUCUCGUGCGGCUGCAGCUGCUCGCGCUGAUCACCAAUGGCGUGGAGCCGCGCCAGGUGGGCCUGGCCAGUGGCGGCCGGCUGCUGGGCAGCCUCAAGAGCCGCAUCCUGAGCCUGGCGGGAGGUAGUCAAGUGCUGCGCACCAUCCAAGUGGCCGCCCAACAGGCCCUACAGGAUGGAUGGAGUGUGCUGUUGCCGACGGCAGCGGAGCGUGCCCAGACAUUGACAUCGCUGCUGCCCUCGGAGCCGGGGCAGGCCUCCUCCUCGGGCCACCGUUUCAUGACGGAUCUGCUGGUGAGCUCCCUGAUGGCCGAGGGUGGCCUGGAGUCGGCGCUGCAGCAUGCCAUACGUCUCGAGAGCAGCUCCUGUGCGGCUGAGUGCAUGGACGGGGUCAAUCUGCCGCUAAUGCAGCUGAUCACGCGGCUGCUGGGCAACAAUGCGGCCCUCACCCAGACCCGUUUCGCGCCCACCCUGGGCGGCAAGCAGCAGCAGCAUCUGCUGCAGCAUCAGCAGCAGGAGAAGGAGGAGGAUCAGGAGCAUCACAGGUGCCAGGAGCCCAGCACAAGUCCCAGUCUGAGUCUGUUGCAUCGCUUCCAGCGCCUGCUGCUGGCCCACAUCCAUCAGGCCGAUGCCGAGGAGGAUACCACGGGCGCCGAGGCGCUGCUCGACCAAUAUCUGCACAGCCUGAUCCCCGCCUGCGUGGCCACGCUGCAGCAAGCCCACGAACUGGCGCUGCAGUGCCGCGAUCCAGGCGAUCAUCCGCCCAGCCAGCAGGCGCGUCACCUGACGCGCAUCCUCCAGGCGGACAUCUCCGAUGCGCUGCUGCACGAGCUGCUGGUGGGUCUGGUGCUGCUGAAGCGCGACCGACCCCAGUGCCUGGGCAGCCUGCGCUGGUCGCGACUCUUUCUGCCCCUGCUGCGCAUCCUGGACAGGCUGAAUCGAGCGCUCGGCGAGGGCGAGCUGCGCGAUGGCGACGACAUGGGCUGGCCGGGUAUUAUCUGCCGUGGCGGACCCAAAGGCGGACCCCCGCCUGCCGAUCCGGAGACGCACUAUGUGCGACGUGCCGAUAUGGAGAACCAGCUGCUCGACGGCAGUCGCUGCAUCAUCCUGGCGGGCUAUGUCUGUGACCUGAGCAGCUACAUCUGCGAAUCGGAGACGCUGAAAGGGCUGCUGGACGCGGGUCUGGGCAAGGAUCUAACGGCGGAGAUGAGCAGCCAGCAGGCGCACAGGAGUGCCAUGGAGCACAUACUGCAGCAUCACAAGCUGGGCAAAUACAUGGCCCAGGCCACCACCGAGGAGAAGAGCGCUUCGCCCAGUCCCACACGACUCACCCACUUCAGUUCGGAGUGCACGCUGGCCCAGCUGCUGGGCAUUGUGGCCAAUCUGAUGUGCAGCGGUCCCGCGCUGCAGCCGGCGGAGCUGCAGUGCCGCCAGCUGGACAAGAGCACGCUGCUGAGCGGCGGCCUGCAGCUGUUCCAGCCCAGCAAUCCCUUUGACGAGGAGAAGGGCGAGGCACGCAGCAGUCUGCCGAAUAGCUGCCACAGCACGGCCGGCAAUACGCCCACGGAGCAGCCACCGGCCACCACACUGCAGCCGCUGGGCAUGCAGCCCCUUCAGACCCAGCAGCUGACCCAGCAGCCGCCGCCAGCCAAAUCACAGCUGCAGCAGCGCGCGGAUAGCUUCAUCAGUGGCCUGGCCGAGGCACGGCUCAGCGAGCCACCGGUAGCCGCCUGGCUGGCGCUCACCGAGCGCUACUGCAAGGCCCACAAUCUGAUGUGGCAUCAGGAGUUUGCCACCGAGCAUCCCGUCCAGGAGCUGGAGCGUCUGCUGAGCGCCGUGCUCAUCCGGCAUCAGUAUCUGGGCGCAAUGGUGGUGAUUGCCCUCGAGGAUUGCGCAUCGGCACCGCCAACGGCAACGGAUGGAGGGGAGGCGCCGCCGCGGGACAUGCCCAAGCAGCUGGGGGAGAUCAUCCAGCUGGUGCAUCAGGCCAAGUGGUCGGUGGUACGGACGCGACAGCAGCAGAACCGCAGCUACAAGGAGGUGUGCGCCCCCAUACUGGAGCGUCUGCGGUUUCUCCUGUACGAGGUGCGGCCGGCCAUCAGUCCGCAGCAGCGGGGGCUGCGUCGUCUGCAGAUUCUGCAACGGCUGCCGCGAUUCCGUUUGCUGGUGCGACGCCUGCUGCAGGAGCUGCGCUCUUCGCGGCAGCCGGCCAAGCCGGAGGAUCUGCUGAAUGCCACCAUUCAACAGCAGCAGGAAAAGAAGCCGCCACCGCCACUGGCAACGCCGCCGCCCAAGCAGCAGCAGCAACAGCAGCAGCAGCAGGAGGAGGAUGAGGAGGAGGAGAGCGAGAGCCUGCUGCGACGCCUCAACGAGCGAAAGAUCCAUGGCGAGGGCGAACUGGAUGGCGUGCUGAUGCAGGACAUUGUGGACUUUGCCCUGCAGGACAGCUGCGACGUGGAGACGGCCCGCCGGGCCAUGUACUGCCAGAUGCAGCGCUUUCAGCUGCGUCUCGCUGGCCUCCAGCUGGUGCAGCAGCUGCUCGAGCUGCACGGCCUCCUGGAUGCGGCCCAAUACAGUCUCCUCAAUGGGUUCCUUGGCCUCCAUCUAAAGUCGUCCCCAUCUGCAGCAGCAGCAACAGCAGCAGCAGCAGGAGGAUCUGGAUCCGGAUCCGGAUCGGGUAGCUCGCUGCAUGUCUUGGGGCAACUGAAUAUGGUCAGCGCGUAUCAGAAGGCCAGGCUGCUGCUCUCCCAGGCUCGCGUCCUGGACUGGGCCGUGCGCGAACUGCGGCGUCUGGUCAACCAGGAGCAGCAGGGCUCGACGCGCGGCAAGGACAGCUCCAACCUGAGCACCUAUGUGCUGCUGAAACGCCUGCCGCGCGCCCGCUUCCUGCUGAGCGUGUUCGGUCUGCUGGCCAAGGAGCUGGGCCCCAACGAGCUGGGACUGCUGAUCAACUCGGGCCUGCUGGGCACGGUGCUCGGCCUGCUGGCGCAGACGGGCGGCGAGGGCAUGGCCGGGGGGCAGCCCAACACCGAGCUGAGUGUGCUCUACGAGGACAGUGUGAUGAAGCAGAAGUGCAGCAAGGCGCAGCUGAGUGGCCCCGAUCUGGCCAAACUGAUGAAGAUCGGCACCAGAAUUGUGCGUGGCUCGGACUGGAAGUGGGGCGACCAGGAUGGCAAUCCGCCAGGCGAGGGUCGCAUCAUCAGCGAGGUGGGAGAGGAUGGAUGGGUGCGCGUCGAAUGGUACACGGGCGCCACCAACUCGUAUCGCAUGGGCAAGGAGGGGCAAUACGAUCUGCAGCUGGCCGACAGCGCCCUGAAUGUCGCCUCGCCCACAGAGCCGGAACGCGAGGAGCUGGCCGGCGUUGAGGCGUCGCCCAGCAGCGAGUCCCAUCCCUCGAAACUGCUGCGCCACUGUGCGGCCAAGCUGCUGCAGAUACUGGCCGUGGGCAGCGGCCUGCAUGGCGCCCACUUGGACAGGCAUGCGCUGCGGGGCGUCACCUGCAUGUUCCGGGCGAUAGUCGAUCCGAAGCCGGCCAUGGAGAACGUAGCCAACUCGCUGGGCUGGCUCAAUCUGGGCUUUAUACGAGCCAUAGCGGGUGACUGUCCGCGUCUCUGUCUGGAGCUGAGCACACCCGGCUGGCUGGCCCACUAUCUGGAGCUGUUGGAACAGCCGGCGGGCAGCGAGGCGGGCGUCUACAGGCAGCUGCACUGCCUGCGCUUGCUGCAGUGCAUUCUGGCCCAAUGGAAAACGGAGGAGGAGCCGCGCAUGGGCAGCCUGGUGCGCCAGCUGUUUUCCACACUCGGCCGGAUUGCCCUGCACUGUCCCGGCGAUGUGACGCUGCAGCCGACGGCCGAGGGCAAGGCACGCGUGCUGCUAACCGCCUCCCAUUCGGGCAGUGUGGCCGAGGAGCUGGUCUCGCUGCUGCGUCGCCUGCACACGCUGCCCCACUGGAAUGCGGUGAUCAAUUCGUUUCUGGCCCAGAAGCUGUGCGUGGCCGCCGAGCUGCUGGGCGAACAGCAGUCCAGCGGCUCGCUGGACAGCGAACCGAUCUUUGUCCUCGGCGUGCUCAGUGCCAUGGGCGGCUGUGAUCUGCGUCCGCGCGUGGGACUGCACUGCUUCAACGAGGGCAGCCACAUGAUCAUUGCCAGCUUUACGCACAAGGGCAGAUGCCUGCUGGCAGCCGCCACCCAGGGCGGAUCUGCCACUGGCAGCGGCAGCGGCACCGUGGGAUUCGUGAAGGUGCCGCUGCUCUCGGUGAUGCCACAUCUGGACCACAGUGUGUUCAGCUUGAGCCGCCUGCCCAUGAACGAGAUGCUGCUGAAUGCCUGGACCGUGCUCCUGUACGGCCCCGCGACGGAGGCGCGCGAGUGUCGCCCGCCAGCGAAUGGCUCGGCGGAGGGACGCCUGGAUCUGGGCCAUCUGCGGGCACAGCAGCUGCAGCUGGCCGUGCUGCACACGAAUGGCGUGCUCUAUCGCCACCAGGCGGCACUGCGACGCAUCCUCAAGCAGCGGGCGCCGGGCAUCUACGCGGAUGAUGUGGAAACGGACACCGAAAGGGACAGAGACAGGGACAGGGACAGAGAGGGCGAGGCAGAGGAAGAGGAAGGCAACGAACGGGAGCAGCAGGAUCAGCCCGAAGAGGAGGAGGAGGAGCACUCAGAGCGGGAACGGGAGCGGGAGCAGGAGCAACAACAGCAGCAGCAACAGUGCAGUGCAGCAGCAGAGAGCAGCGGACGGGGCGGCCAGGAGGCGCAGCUCCUGAUCCAAUGCAUCCUUCUGAGAGCCACCCAGGCCUCGCCCGUACGGGCCUGCUACACCUACACAGAUCUCUCGACGGCUGCCCUCAACUGUGUGCAGUCGCUGGCCAGCCAGGCCCACCUCGAGCUCAGCGAAAGCGAGGCCGAAGGCUCGGCACCCAGCCCCGCCCUGGCCACACCGCCACAGCCGACCAUGGUGCACGGCGUGCCCGUCUACAAUGUGUUCAAGAUGGUGACGGCCACGGGCACGGCCACGAAGGAGGCUGCUGCCACCAAAUGGCCCUCCCAGGUGGCGGCCACCGAUGCGGAGCUCAUCAAUCAGAUCAUGGACAUGGGCUUCCCCAAGCGAACGGUGGAGCUGGCCCUCAAGCAGCUGUCGCUGCAGGCGGAGAUUAUGCCCACGCCCGAGCAGAUUGUCCAGUGGAUACUCGAGCAUCCGGAUGUGUGCGCCAACACCAUCGAGGAGGAUCCCCUGCCCCAGGGCAGUGGUGGGGCCAGCCACGAUCCCGAGGCAGACUCGGACAAUGAGUCGCCCAGCAGUCUGUCCAGCAGCUCCUCGGCGAAAUCCUCAGCCUCCUCGGACACCGUUGAGGGUCAGCCGGGAGCCAGAGCCAAUGCGGCCGCCGCCUCCGCUGUCGUUGCAUCGCCGCCACCGGUGAGAUUUGAGUCGCGCAAGGAUUUCCAGACGGCCGAUCACUAUGCGCUCUAUGUGCGCGGCCUGGUGCGUCCCGGGAUGACGGUGCGCUGCUGCCGGGACUUCGAGGAGAUCAAACAGGGCGACAUGGGCACCGUGCUGAUCGUGGACACCGAGGGACUGCACGAUCUCAACGUGCAGGUGGACUGGCGCAAUCACGGCAGCACCUAUUGGGUCUGCUUCGUGCACAUCGAGCUGGUCGAUCCGCCCCUGGGCUCUGGGCUGCUGCGCGGCUGCGAUCCGAUGUCCGCCCACCACCUGCUGCUGCCCCGUCCGCCGCCAAUUGUGGUGGGUGCCCGGGUCCGGCCGCGCUGCUCCGCCCGCUACGGCGUCUUCAAUCAGAUGCGGCUGGGCCGCACACAGCGCGUGCCCGGCGUCGUGACGGCGGUGCGCGGCAAACAGCUGACGGUGGACUUUCCCGACCAGCCCGCCUGGCAGGGGCACAUCAACGAUGUGGAAAUGGUGGCCCUGCCACCCACACCGGCACCCAUUGCCGCCGAUCUGCAGAGCGCCCAGGUGGCGCCCAGUGACUUGAUUGAGGACUGGAGCCGCUGCAUACGCUCGCUGACGGUCAGCUCGAAUGAGGCGGCGGCCAAGCAUCUGCUGGACGGCAUCGGCCAGACGUGGCAGAGCUGCUCGAGCGGGCCGUGUCGCCACUGGAUACGCCUGGAGCUGCACGACCGGAUACUGGUGCACAGCCUGGCGCUGCGCGUGAGUCCCGAGGAUCAUUCGCACAUGCCCUCGCUGCUGGAGAUCCGGGUGGGCGAGUGCGUCGACAGCCUCAAAGAGUACACGUGGAUACCGGUGCCCGCGGGCGCCAGUCGGGUGCUGCUCAUGCAGCAGGUGCCCACCUACUAUCCCUGGAUCGAGAUCGUGGUGAAGCAGUGCCAGAACAACGGCAUCCAGUGCAAGGUGCACGGCCUGCAGUUCGUGGGGCGGCGCCAGAAGCCCGAUCUGCACCACAUGCUGGCCAAUGCGCAGUUCCUGGCCUGCGAAUACAAUGGCCCGGCGGGAGCGACGGCAGGCCCCGCCAGCGUCUCCCUGCACGGCUCCGAACACGGAAUGGCGUCUGCUCCGGAUCAGGAUCUGCCCUGCACCGUGAUGGUGUGGGGCCUCAACGACAAGGAGCAGCUGGGCGGCCUCAAGGGCUCCAAGGUGAAGGUGCCCACAUUCUCGCAGACCAUCAGCCGGCUGCGUCCCAUCCACAUAGCCGGCGGCUCCAAGAGCCUCUUCGUUGUGGGGCAGGACGGCAAGGUGUACGCCUGCGGCGAGGGCACCAACGGACGCCUCGGCCUCGGCGUCACACACAAUGUGCCGCUGCCGCACCAGCUGCCGGUGCUGCAUCAGUAUGUCGUCAAGAAGGUGGCCGUACACUCGGGCGGCAAGCACGCCCUCGCCCUCACCCUGGACGGCAAGGUGUUCUCGUGGGGCGAGGGCGAGGACGGCAAGCUCGGCCACGGCAACAGGACGACGCUGGACAAGCCGCGACUGGUGGAGACGCUGCGCUCGAAGAAGAUCCGUGACGUGGCCUGCGGCUCAUCGCAUUCGGCGGCCAUCUCCAGCCAGGGUGAGCUCUACACGUGGGGCCUGGGCGAGUACGGCCGCCUGGGACACGGCGACAAUGCCACACAGCUGAAGCCCAAGCUGGUGGCUGCCCUGACCGGCAGACGGGUCAUUCAGGUGGCCUGCGGCAGCCGAGAUGCCCAGACGCUGGCCCUCACCGAGGACGGGGCCGUCUUCUCCUGGGGCGACGGCGAUUUCGGCAAGCUGGGACGCGGCGGCAGCGAGGGAUCGGACACGCCGCACGAGAUCGAACGCCUCUCGGGCAUCGGCGUCAUUCAGAUCGAGUGCGGAGCGCAGUUCUCGCUGGCCCUGACGCGCGCCGGCGAGGUGUGGACCUGGGGCAAGGGCGACUACUUUCGGCUCGGCCAUGGCGGGGAUCAGCAUGUGCGGAAGCCGCAGCCCAUUGGCGGCCUGCGCGGACGUCGCGUCAUCCAUGUGGCCGUCGGUGCGCUGCAUUGUCUGGCCGUAACGGACGCCGGCCAGGUGUACGCCUGGGGGGACAACGACCACGGGCAGCAGGGCAGCGGCAACACGUUCGUCAACAAGAAGCCCGCGCUGGUGAUUGGCCUGGACGCGGUGUUCGUGAAUCGUGUGGCCUGCGGCAGCUCGCAUUCGAUUGCCUGGGGCCUGCCCAAUGCCACCCUCGAGGAGGAGAAGCGCGGCCCCGUGCCCUUUGGCAGCACACGCGAUCCGCUCGGCGGCAGCAGUCUGGGCAUCUACGAGGCGGAGGCGGCCGCCGCUGCCGGCGCCCUCAAGCAGGACGCCAAGCCGGCCACACUGACCAGCCUGAGCGAGAGCCUGGCCCUGGAGACGCCAGCCGCCAGGCAGGCGGCCCUCGGUCAUGUGCUGCGCGCCAUGAGCAUACUGCAGGCGCGGCAGCUCAUUGUGGCGGCCCUCACCAGCCACAGCAAGGUGAACUACAAGGAGCGCGGCGCAGCAGCGGGCGGGAGCGGCGCAGGAGCAGCGGGCGAAGAGGAUCAGCUGAUGGGUGCCAGCGGCAUGGGAGCGGUGCCAAUGCCGCCGGCCGAACCGAUAGCCCAGGGCGGCGGAGAGGCGCCCGCAGAUGCCACGGAUGCAGCCCUCCAAAUGGAGCACAGUCCCGACGCCCAAAUCGAAGCCAUAGCAGUGGCAGCCGGUGCAGGAGGUGCCACAGCUACGCUGCCGGCGCCACUCACUGCAGGACCGCUGAGCGCCUUCCAGAGCCUCACCGGAUCGCUGUCGAUGUCUGGAUCGCUGUCGAGCAGCGCCCUGCCGCCGCAGCACAAACACUCGCGGAUGUCGGCCAGCGCCAUGUCCGUGAUGGCCGCCACCAUGACCCAGCAGGAGGAGAUGCUGGCCCAGAUCAGCCACACGCACGGCCUCGACGACUUUGGCGGGCUGCUGGGCGAGCCGGAGGCCAAGAGCCUCGUGGAGCUGCUGAAGCUGGCCGUGUGCGGCCGCUGCGGACCCCCCAGCACCGCCCAGACGAUUGCGGAGACGCUCAUCUCGCUGGGCUCGGGCAAUGCGGCGAUUAGCUCGAUGCUGAUGGAGACAUGCAUCACGGAGCUGGAGGAUCUGUGCACGUCACGGCACUGCCUCGGCAAGCUGCCCAAGCCGGUCAUGCAGGAGAGCAGCCAUCCGUAUGUGGACAAUGUGAAUGUGACCGGAGCGGUGCGGAUACCCGGCGCAGAGAUGCUGCGCCUCGAGUUCGACAGCCAGUGCGGCACGGAGAAGCGCAACGAUCCGCUCGUAAUCACCGAUGCAGCCGGCCGUGUGCUCGCGAUGCGCUCCGGCCGCGAGUUCGCCCACUGGGCGCCCGAAAUCCGAGUGCCCGGCGACGAGCUGCGCUGGAAAUUCACCUCGGACAGCUCGGUGAACGGCUGGGGCUGGCGCUUCUGGGUGCACGCCAUAAUGCCAGCGGCGACGCUCGGCGAGAGCGGCUCGGAUCGUGCCGUGCUGUCGCAGCCAUCGAUGGCGCUGGUCAUGGCGCUGCUGGACUCCCGCCUGGCGCCCAGCCAGCAGGGUGUGCUCAUCCGCCUGGCCUCGGCGCUGGCCGCCUGCUCCCAGCUGGGCGCCCUCACCACCGCCCAGCGGAUCUGGUCACUGAAGAAACUGCACGCAGUGCUGCUGCUCGACCAGGCGCCCAAGCCGCAGGAUCCCACGCUGGCGGGCAUUCUGCAGCCGCUCAUCCCCGAGCUGUUGCGCCAGUACGAGUACGAGGAGCCGCAGGUCCGUGGCGGCAUCCAUCUGAUGCAUUCGGAUUACUUCAAGACGCUGGCGGCGCUCACCUGUGACAUGCAGCUGGAUGCCUCGCUGCCAGCGCCCGUAGCGACAACAGUAGCAGCAGCAACAACAACAGCAGCAAUCUCUGGAACAGCAGCAGGAACAGGAGGAGGAGGAGGAGCUACAGCUGGAGGUGGCGGUGGCUCUGCAAGCUGCAGCGCCAACUCAACGGGGGAUGGACACAAGUGGGCCUGGUUCAAGCGCUACUGCAUCGCGGUGCGCGUGGCCCAGUCGCUGAUACGCCGCACAGAGCUGCCGCGUCCCUUCUGCCUGGAGGUGCGCAAGAAGUUCGCCGAGAUGCUGCCCAAUCCCAAUCCGAAUGCCAGCAACACCAGCCAGUCGCACUCCCCGCUCGCCUCCAUGCUCAACUCGACCACGUCGCUGUCCUCGAGCACCGCCAGCAAUUUGACACCGCCGCCGCCACCCAUUCUGCUGGCCGAGCACCAGGAGCACCUGGCCCUGCUCCACUGUCCGUCCCAGCAGCAGCAACAGCAGCAGCAGCAGCAGCACUCAGAAUCCUCCUCCCUUGUGCUGCUGCACGAGGAUCACACGCUGUUCCAGGCGCCGCACGAUGCCCAGCUGCUGCAGUGGCUCAAUCGACGGCCCGACGACUGGGCGCUCAGCUGGGGCGGAGCCAGCACCAUCUACGGCUGGGGCCACAACCAUCGCGGGCAGCUUGGCGGGCUGGAGGGGAGCCGCAUCAAGACACCGACACCCUGCGAGGCGCUCAGCCUGCUCCGGCCCGUGCAGCUGGCCGGCGGAGAGCAGUCCCUGUUCGCCGUCACGCCCGACGGGAAGCUCUUCGCCACCGGCUACGGCUCCGGCGGCAGGCUGGGCGUGGGCGGUGCCGACAGCUGGGCCAUACCCACGCUGCUGGGCUCCCUGCAGCAUGUGUUCGUCAAGAAGGUGGCCGUCAACUCCGGCGGCAAGCACUGCCUGGCCCUCACCACCGAGGGCGAGGUGUACGCCUGGGGCGAGGGCGAGGACGGCAAGCUCGGCCACGGCAAUCGGAUGAGCUACGACCGCCCGAAGCUGGUGGAGCAUCUGAACGGCAUGAAUGUGGCGGACAUUGCCUGUGGCAGCGCCCAUUCGGCGGCCAUCACCGCCAGCGGACACGUCCUCACGUGGGGCAAGGGCCGCUACGGACGCCUGGGACACGGCGACUCCGAGGAUCAGCUGCGGCCGCAGCUGGUGGAGGCGCUGCUCGGCUAUCGGGCCAUUGACAUUGCCUGCGGAUCAGGCGACGCCCAGACACUGUGCAUCACGGACGACGACAAUGUGUGGAGCUGGGGCGACGGCGACUACGGGAAGCUGGGACGCGGCGGCAGCGAUGGCUGCAAGCUGCCCUACAAGAUCGAGAGCCUGGCCGGCCUGGGUGUCGUCAAGGUGGAGUGCGGCUCACAGUUUUCGGUGGCGCUCACCAAAUCGGGCGCCGUCUACACGUGGGGCAAGGGCGACUUUCAUCGGCUGGGCCACGGCUCCGUGGACCAUGUGCGGCGGCCCAAGAAGGUGGCCGCCCUGCAGGGCAAGAAGAUCAUCUCGAUAGCCACCGGCUCGCUGCACUGUGUCGCGUGCAGCGAUUCGGGCGAGGUCUACACGUGGGGCGACAACGAUGAGGGACAGCUGGGCGAUGGCACGGUCACCGCCAUCCAGCGGCCGCGCCUCGUCGCCGCCCUCCAGGGCAAGCACAUUGUGAAGGUCACGUGCGGAUCGGCGCACACCCUGGCCCUGUCCACGUCGCAGCUGAGCGAACGGCUGCGUCCGCUGCCCAAUCCACCGCUGGAAUACGAUCUGGUGCGCGAUCUGGCGCCCGAGGCACUACACGCGCGCCUCAUUCUGCUGCAUCACUUCUCGGAGCUGCUGUGCCCGUGCCUGGCCAUGCUGCCGAUUGCCGGGGACCUCAGCCUGGGCGCCCUCAAGGAUGUGCUCGUGUACAACAUCAAGGAGGCGGCCUUCCGCAAGGUCAUCCAGACGACAAUGGUGCGGGACAAGCAGCACGGGCCGGUCAUCGAGCUGAACCGCAUCCAGGUGAAGCGAUCGCGCAGCCGCUGCAACGGCCUCGCCGGCAUCGAUGGCAUGAAGAGCGUCUUCGGUCAGAUGGUCCAGAAGCUGCCGCUGCUCACCCAGGAGGCGCUCGCCCUGCCGCAUCGCGUGUGGAAGGUCAAGUUCGUCGGCGAGAGCGUCGACGAUUGUGGCGGCGGCUACAGCGAGUCCAUCGCCGAGAUGUGCGACGAGCUGCAGAAUGGCAGCGUGCCGCUGCUGAUCAACACGCCCAAUGGACGCGGCGAGGCGGGCGCCAAUCGGGACUGCUUCCUGCUGGAUCCCACGCUCGGCUCCGUGCUGCAGAUGAACAUGUUCCGCUUCCUGGGCGUCCUCAUGGGUAUUGCCGUGCGCACGGGCUCCCCGCUGAGCAUCAAUCUGGCGGAACCCGUUUGGCGACAGCUGACGGGCGAGGUGCUGCGUCCGCCGGACCUCACCGAGGUGGACCGCGACUAUGUGGCCGGUCUGCUGUGCAUACGCAACAUGGACGACGAUGCCAAGCUGUUCAACACCCUGGAGCUGCCCUUCUCCACGUCGUCGGCGCGGGGCCAUGAGGUGCCGCUCUCCACCAGAUACACGCACAUCUCGCCACGGAAUCGGGCCGAGUAUGUCCGGCUGGCGCUCAGCUUUCGGCUGCACGAGUUCGACGAGCAGGUGAAGGCGGUGCGGGAUGGCAUGUCCAAGGUGAUACCAGUGCCAUUGUUGUCGCUCUUCUCCGCCGCCGAGCUGCAGGCCAUGGUCUGCGGCUCGCCCGACAUACCGCUCGGUCUGCUCAAGUCGGUGGCCACCUACAAGGGCUUCGAUCCGGGCUCGGCACUGGUCGCCUGGUUCUGGGAGGUUAUGGAGGAGUUUACCAAUCAGGAGCGCUCGCUGUUCCUGCGCUUUGUGUGGGGACGCACACGACUGCCGCGCACCAUAGCCGAUUUCCGUGGCAGGGACUUUGUGCUGCAGGUGCUCGAAAAGAAUCCGCCCGAUCAUUUCCUGCCCGAGAGCUACACCUGCUUCUUCCUGCUUAAGAUGCCCCGUUACUCCUGCAAGGCGGUGCUGCUGGAGAAGCUCAAGUAUGCCAUACACUUUUGCAAGAGCAUCGAUACGGAUGAGUAUGCACGCGUGGCCAUGGGCGAACCCACCGAGGCGACUGGCAGCGAGGAUAACAGCGAUCUGGAGUCGGUUGCCAGCCACGAUGGCUAAUUGGAGGCCACAACAACAGCCACAAGCAGAGCGUAUAA